AUGGAGUCGAUGUUGAACAAGCUGAGCACCGUCACUAAAGUGACGGCAGAUGUCACCAGUGCUGUUAUGGGCAACCCGGUGACGCGGGAAUUUGAGGUUGGCCGACAUAUUGCGAGCGGAGGUCCUGGCCUUUGCUGGAGGAUCUACAAUGGCACCAAGAAGUCUACCAAACAGGAAGUAGCAGUGUUUGUGUUUGAUAAGAAGAUGAUCGACAAGUAUCAGAAGUUUGACAAGGACCAAAUAAUAGAUUCCCUGAAGAAAGGGGUGCAGCAGCUAACCAGACUGCGUCACCCGCGCCUCCUGACCGUGCAGCAUCCUCUGGAAGAGUCACGGGACUGCUUGGCAUUCUGCACAGAGCCAGUGUUCGCCAGUCUGUCCAACGUGCUGGGCCAGUGGGACAACCUGCCCAGCCCCGUGCCCAAAGACAUCAAAGAAUACAAACUCUAUGAUGUGGAGACCAAAUAUGGCUUACUACAGAUCUCGGAGGGUUUGUCGUUUCUUCACAGUGGGGUUAAGAUGGUCCAUGGCAACUUGUGCCCAGAUAAUAUCAUCCUCAAUAAGAGUGGAGCCUGGAAGAUCAUGGGCUUUGACUUCAGCAUAUCUUCAACUAACCCGUCGGACGCUGAGCUGAAGUACACAUGUAAAGAGUGGGAGCCCAACCUUCCGCCUCUCUGCCUCCCCAACCCGGAGUACCUGGCCCCAGAGUACAUCCUGUCCGUCAGCUGCGACUCGGCCUCCGACAUGUACUCUCUCGGAGUUGUAAUGCACGCCGUUUUCAACGAAGGCAAGCCUGUAAUCCAAGUCAACAAGCACGAUAUUUUUAAGAGUUUCAGCAGGCAGCUGGAUCAGCUGAGCAGCAUGAAUCCGGCACUGCUGAGUAAGAUCCCUGAGGAAGUGCGAGAGCACGUCAAGAUGUUACUCAGCGUCUCGCCGACAGUCCGACCGGAUGCAGACCAGAUGACUAAGAUUCCAUUUUUUGAUGAUGUUGGAGCAGUAACAUUGCAGUACUUUGACACUCUCUUUCAACGGGACAACCUGCAGAAAUCUCAGUUCUACAAAGGUUUACCAAAAGUGCUGCCAAAGCUACCAAAGAGAGUAGUGGUGUACCGCGUAUUGCCGGCAUUGACCUCAGAGUUCGUCAACCCAGAUAUGGUUCCGUUUGUGCUGCCGAACGUGCUGCUUAUUGCCGAAGAGUGCACCAAGGAGGAGUACAUUCGCCUCAUCCUGCCUGACCUCACGCCUGUUUUCAAACAGCAGGAGCCUCUCCAGGCUAGUAAUAUGAUCCUGUUAAUAUUCCUGCAAAAGAUGGACCUGCUGCUGACGAAGACGCCGCCAGAUGAUAUUAAGAACAGUGUGCUUCCCAUGGUCUACAGGGCUGUGGAGGCUUCCUCAGUUCAGAUCCAGGAGCUGUGCCUGAACAUCAUCCCAACGUUUGCCAACCUGAUUGACUAUCCGUCCAUGAAGAAUUCUCUCAUCCCGCGCAUCAAAUCAGCCUGCCUACAGACGUCCUCUCUCGCUGUGCGAGUGAACUCCCUGGUGUGUCUGGGGAAGAUUCUGGAAUAUCUAGAUAAAUGGUUUGUCAUCGAUGAAAUCCUCCCCUUCCUCCAGCAGAUCCCCUCCAGGGAGCCAGCUGUCCUGAUGGGCAUUUUGGGAAUCUAUAAAUGCACCUUUACCCACAAGAAGCUUGGCAUCCCCAAAGAGCAUCUCGCCACAAAGAGUUUGCCCCACCUCGUUUCUCUUAGUAUCGACAAUAACCUCAAUCUAAAUCAGUUUAAUUCUUUUAUGAUGGUAAUUCGGGACAUGCUGAACCGCAUGGAAGCUGAACACAAAACCAAACUGGAGCAGCUGCAUAUCAUGCAGGAGCAACAGAGGAGCCUAAACAUCACAAAUCCAGGGAAUUCCACAGAAGAAAUUAAAAGCCCUCCAAACUCUGGAAACCAGAUUGAUGAUAUAUUUGGCAGCGCGAGUGUUAAUGGGAAAGAAAAUGGAUCUGCUGCAACACCGUCGCAGCCUAACAGGGUUUCCCUGACUCUGGAGGAGAAACAAAGGUUGGCCAAGGAACAGGAACAGGCAGCUAAACUGAGGAGCCAGCAGCCGUUGGCACCUCAGGCCAUCAAACCAUCAUCCUCCAGCAACUCACAGACUAAAGAUCUGACCAACAGCCUGAUCAACAGCAUGACGUCUCUGAACAGCCUGACCUUGGCGAGCUCAGCGCGGCCACCCCCAGUACAAGGCACUACCAUGGCCGCCUUCCCCUCAUCCGGUCCGAUGGUGGGGCCAGUCUCUAACGGUUUCAACCCCAGCAUGGGUUUCCAAUCUGGGGGCAUUGGGAUGGGCAUGCGGCCCUCGGGCCCCGGCCUCUACGGAGGAAUGGCCUCCACCACCAGCACCCCCAACUUUGGGGCUCUGACGCAGAACCAAGGACCGUCUGGGCUGACGAACAGACCGCCUAACAUGUCGGCCUUGGACAACCUGUUUACACCCAACAAGCCCAAAGUCUCUCUUAACCAAAUAGGUCCCCAGGCCGCACCUGGAGGCGGUUCCCCCUGGGCGAGUCAGUUCGGGUCGGCCCAGAACACUCAGACUCCGAUGGCGGUGGGGAUGGGAGGGAUGCCCAGUGGGUUUGGGAUGCAGGCAAACCCUUUCUUCAGCCCACAGAACUUUUCUCAGCCGGGUUCUGCCCCGAGCAUGAACCCAGGCGGAGUGAAACCGAGCGCGUCUGCGAACAAUGACCUGCAGGACUUAUUCGGCUGAAACAAAAAUGAAAACGAACCCCUGAUGAAGUAUAUUCUUUUAAAGACUGUAGAGAUGAGCUUUGAAUGAUCACAGAUUAUUGUGGAGCACUUUCAGAGGUGUUUUUGUACUUUUAAUCUCGUCUAAUUUAACGUCUCGUGCUGACGGUCUGCUGGAAAAUGAAGCCCGCACCAGUGGUCCGGUGUGGGUUUCACUUCUUUUACGCUUCGGUCUUUCAAUGCUGGGGGUUUCCUACUGUUUUUGUACUUUCCCAAGCAAAUAUAUCGAUGGGGUCAAGAUGAAUUUGAGUUUGGUUCAUUGUUGACUGUCCAAAUGGAGGGAGAGUAUUUUACUUAAAAGAACAAAAGUUUUUCAUUUUCAUACCUAGGAAAUGUAGAAAACCUGCUGUGCUCACUUCACAUUUGCUCACUUUCAGGCUUCUGUACUUCCACUGCCUUUCCAGAAUAGUUUGGGAUUUUGAGGUUCAGGUUAAGGGAACAUGGCGUGUGAUUUCAUUGGGAGGCAAGCAUGGUUUUAAAAACCACUUAUUUGCAGUUUCACAUGUUAUAUAUGUUUCUCUAAAGAUAAACUGGACAAUCCUUCUUGGGUUCAUUCUUUCGUAACAUUACCAAAAUUAUCUCCAUUCCUUUUACGUUGGCCUCCAUUUGCUUUCAUUAGCUUUGCAGGUGAAUAACCUGGUUUCUAUCGUUGCAGAGUCUUUCUCCUUUCUGGUUCUGGUCAUAGCGGAGUGGCUGUUACUGCUAUGUUCGUCUAAGGAAUCUCAACGCUAAAGGCGAUGUGGAAAGUAUGCACUUUUCUUCUUGUGCCUUACAAGGGUACAUGUCUAAAACUAAGCAGCACUCAAUUGUUACACAAGUAGGCAUGGGUCAGGAUAAAAUAUUACUAUGUUAUAUUGAGAAUCCUACCAUGGUGUUAUACUGUUAACACACAAAAAGUGUUAUGACUUAUUAAGACAGGACAACUAAUGAUUCCUAAUGUUGUAAAAGUAAGUUAUUAGUUAUUACAUUACCUUUUAUAUCUAAGACUUAAAACAAGUUGCCAACAUUUCCAAUUCUCCAACAUGUUAUAAGAUUAAACUAAUUAUGCUUUACAUGUUGAGCUCUUUUUUCUAAGAAUCACUAAAAUAUUGUAAAAAUACAAUUCUUUGUUCUUCCUCAAAAUUAUUUGGUAUUGCUUCAGCCUGGAAGCAGUGAGAUGAGUUUCUGGUCACAGGUCAGGAUUUCCUCUCAGCAACUGAUUUUUCAGUUGAUUUUUGUAACAUUUAUUGAUUGUUUGAAUUUUAAUACACAGGCCUAAGCAAAAAUAUUAAAUAAACACCUGCUAAAUUUAGUUGUAGAUUUGUCACAACUUUUCUAUUCUUUUUGCAUUCUGCAUAAAGUAACUAAAACUAAUUGCAUCAGGUUCUCAGUUUUUAUACUGUGGUUUUAAAAUAUGUUUUGCCUUAAAUACCUAUUUUAUGUAGAGGUGGAUGACGCUCCUUUAGUUUUCAUUUUUAAAGUGAAGACAGCUAUGGAUGGAAAUAUUUCCACGUGGGAAAAACUAAGUUAGAUUUGGGAACGAUACACUAGAAAACUUUUGCAGUUAUUGGUAAGAGUAACUGGCCCAUGCCUACACAAAGUUGUUCCAAUGGAUGUAAUUUGCUUGGCUGCAUUUCACUGACCACAUCAAUUUAAAAACAGUUUUUCUUAUCAACUAAUAUUGCAGUUUCUUUUUUUUUUAAUCUAGUGACCAACCAUAUCACAAUCCCCAUACUUCAUGUGCAUCAAUAUGAAAUGUAACCGUAGUUAUUCCAAUAUGGAAAGGUCCCCGGCAUCUUUUUGUUUUUGUGGCUCUGGGUUAAGAGGCCUUAGAUGAGUCGAGUGCAAUAAUCCUUUUCGGUUCUUGAGGGUGAAAAUAGUUUGUCGGAACCAGCUCUCGUUGUGUGUGACUUUCUCUGAUGACCUGCAGUAACUUCACUGUUCUGUCGGAUUUUCUUAAUGACUAGAUAUUGAUGUAAAUUCAUUCUGAGUUAAACAUUUUGGGUCUUUUGGAUUCAUCUCGCUCAUAUUGAUUCUGCUGUUGAUUGUAAUUUUAUUUAAUGUUUUAAAAUAAACUUUGCUCUUCAGGUUCUGUUAAUUUCCACACUGUUAACGCUUUGCUUUGAUUAACUCGACUGGUUUAUUGGAGUGUUAUUUCACAUAUUGUAGCAGAACCCCAAAGCUAACUGAAACUAGGUCUUUGAUUAGGCCGUUUGUAAACUACUGCUGUUCUGUGUGUGAAGUGUGAGCCUCGUUUUGUGACCAGGUGCUGGUUUCUGAAGUGGUUCCAUGAAGAUCUGUACAUAUAUAAAAGCAUACAAUCUAAUAUUCUCAAA